AUGGUCGUAAGAGCAUCGUGCAAUGACUUGUUGCUCGUGUCCCUGGAUAAGGUUUUCUUGGAUGACCGUUUUCGCCACCACCAUCAGAGGUACUACAUUUGUAACCCGGUGACUAAAAAGUGGUUUCUCAUUCCUAGAGAAACCCCUCUUGGAACAAGGGCAGGAUUUGCAUUAAUAUGCAAUAAGAACUCUUACAAGGUGGUACUUAUCGACAUGAUUGGUUUCAAUGAUGCACAAGGAGAAGACCUUGGCGAUACAUAUCUACAAACAGUAUUGGUGUUUUGUUCCGAGUCGGGGCAAUGGACCAGAUCUUUCUUCUUGUUUCCUACUCGCCCAACAAGGGACUAUAGCAUUAUUACCAAUGUUGUUUCGUGCAAUGGGAUUCUGUACUGGAUGGACGGUUUAUAUAACUUCAACCGUAUUGUUUCUGUUGAUUUGGCUGAUAAUCGGUGUGUCGUAAUCUACUUCUCAGACAUUGUGCGUGAAAACACCACCCGUAGAACGCCCGACUCGAGGGUCCACAUUGGUGCCGUGAGGGAUGAGUUGAGGUUGUUGCACGUUUUGUGA